AUGAAAUUUCGAAAUGUCCUCAUCGAUGAAUCGACGCAGUCUGCUGAACCGGAGUGUAUGAUUCCUCUGGUCUUAGGCUGUAAGCAGGUUGUCCUCGUCGGUGACCACAAACAGCUUGGUCCUGUGAUUAUGAAUAAGAAAGCUGCCAAAGCCGGUCUCAACCAGUCCCUCUUUGAGCGUCUCGUCCGACUUGGGUUUACUCCUAUCCGACUGAACAUCCAGUACCGAAUGCAUCCCUGCUUAUCUGAAUUCCCCUCAAACAUGUUCUACGAAGGUUCUCUUCAGAAUGGUGUCUCGGCGCCGAACAGAAUUCGUAAAGAUGUCGAUUUCCCUUGGCCGGUCGGUGAGAUGCCCAUGAUGUUCUGGUCCAAUCUGGGCAACGAAGAGAUUUCUGCGUCUGGAACGUCAUACCUCAACCGGACUGAGGCUUCCAAUGUGGAAAAGAUUGUGACUCGCUUUUUCAAAGCCGGCGUGCGACCUUCAGAUAUCGGUGUUAUUACCCCGUACGAAGGUCAGCGCAGUUACAUCGUGACCACGAUGCAGAAUACAGGCACUUUUAAGAAGGAGUCUUACAAGGAAGUGGAGGUCGCAUCCGUCGAUGCUUUCCAAGGUCGUGAAAAGGACUUCAUCGUUCUGUCCUGUGUGCGGUCCAAUGACAAUCAAGGCAUCGGAUUUCUUUCUGACCCGCGCCGGUUGAACGUUGCUCUGACUCGUGCAAAGUUUGGUCUUGUAAUCAUUGGCAACCCCAAAGUCCUGUCCAAACAUGAACUAUGGCAUCACCUCCUGGUGCAUUUCAAAGAGCGCAAAUGUCUCGUAGAGGGACCUUUGACCAACCUACAAACAUCUUUGCUUCAGUUCAGUCGGCCUAAAAACACAUACCGCCCGCGUCCUCAGCAGGUUUCAUACGUCUCUAGUGGUUACACCAAUGGUCGUUCGGCCGGAUACAAUGGUGGCCAGAAUUCAGGCCAAGACUUUGAAUCAAGUUCAAUGAUUUCGUAUAUCCCUGAUGAUACGUCCAGUCUUCAUAGCUCGGCCCUGGGCGGAGCCGGGAUCGGUAAUACUGCUUUUCCGCAGAUGUUUUCCAACUUUAAUUCUGAACAGUGGCCUGGGCUUCCGGGUUUCAACGCAGGUUCAGGUGGCCGUGUCGGCGGCAAGGGUAGGGGCCGAGGAGCAGAGAGUAUCGCUGGCGAGAGCGUCGCCACCUCCGAAUUCACUGACGGUACCGCUAGUGUCAUUGGUAGCAAAGGCGUCGGACAAGGCGGCGCUAGUCUCGGAGCUGGUCUUCCAGACGCUCUUCGUUCUCGACCAACGUCCUACACUCAGAGCGAUCGUCUGAAGCAGCACGUUGCAGACAGUUCUUACCCGGCUUUUUCAAACGGGUUUCGACGUCGAUACGAUGAUGAUGAGAAGUCGUCUCCUCACAAGGGACCCUCGUUCCAUUAG